UGAAAUUUGUUCAAAUUAGGAUCUAAUAAUAAAAUUUGAUUUGAGAACAUAAAAAUAGAAUCUUUGAUCGCUCAAGGAGAAAAAGAUAAAAACUUUGAAGAUGAUGAGAGGAGUAGGAGGGCCAUUACUGUGCAUAGGGGAUUUGUUAAGUGAUGUUGGAGAAGAAUCAGCAGAUGUUGAUGAAGGUGUUGAUUCAUCUUCUUUUUCAAGAUCCUCAUCAUCUCUAUCUUCUACUUUAACCCCCAAUUCUGAUCUUAAUCUUCAAUCUUCUAACCUCCCCCAGCUCUUUCAGGAAACCUAUGACCAAUUAAAGGAAGCACUGGGAGGUAGCGACCACUCAUGGACUGCUCUCACACUGAAGUUAUGCACUGCUUUGGAAACUGCUAACCAGCUGGUUCAGGUUACCGGUUCUAAUGUUACCCUACUAUCAGAGAAGAUCCAGGAGCUUGAGAAAAUUAUCAAGAGGGGAGAUGAUGCUGUAGCAGCAGCCAGAACUAUCCACAGCGAUUUAAAGCAGAAAGAGGACAUUUCAGAUAUAAAGAACCCAUGACUGCUUAUAAAAUAGGUCUAGAAAGGGUGAAACUGAAAAAAUGUCAAAGGAAAAGAAGAGGAAAGAAGGAUGGGUUGAUUCUUUUAAUGUCAUUUGGUGCGUACUCUAUCGUGAUACAGAACUUGUGACAAUUGCUACUCUUCUUUCUCAAUGUAGAAAUGUGCUUUCAUUUGGUAAAUAUCACUGGAAUUUGUAUCAGGGAAAUAUGUUUAACUGAUUCACAUUUAGAUAUAGGUAAAGAUGUAGAACUAAUAGCUUCCCAGACACACAAGAUAUUCGUCGGAGACAGUUUGCAUGGCUCAGUAUAUGUUUUACCUAGGUCUGGUGACCUUACUGUGUGUA